AUGACGUUAUGGGGGAAGCCAAUUAAAACAGAAAGCCUGCGAAAAUUUAAUAAACUUUACAAAGAAUGUAAAACUCUGCACCCAGUAAAUAAAUCUCUAGAAUCACCAAGAAAUGAAAAGAAAGUUUUUGAAUAUGAUGAAGAUGAAGACUUAAUGGACUUUGAGAAACUGUAUGAAUGCUCAUCGACUUCAUCUGGAUCUUGUCAUCAAGGCUUAGAUAUUGACGAGUUGGAGGAGUACCUAAGUAAACCCAGAGUCACUAACUCGGAAGAUAUUUUAGAGUGUUGGAGGACGCAUGAGACAGAAUAUGUGACUUUAUCGAAGAUGGCCCGUGAUUUUCUUUAA